UGUUGGAAAAUGUAAAAACGCGCCGUACGUGAAUGUCGCUUGAUUAAUUGCAUAUUCAUACCAUGCGGCAGGAUUUUAUUAUGGGAGCAUAAUUUACUAGCAUGUAAAUUAAGACCAAGUAAAAGGUAGCUGUGUCAAGUCUGUGAAAUUGAAGAAGACGAAGAAGAAAAAGAAGCAUAGAAGGAAGAAGAAGAAGAAGAAGAAGAAGAAGAAGAAGAAGAAGAAGAGGGGGAAGAAAUUGCAAUGGUGACCGCAGUGGAGCUGCUGAGUCUCCUGCUGGUGUCGGUGCUGUGGGGCUGCACCAACCCUUUCCUCAAGAGAGGCGCCGAGGGGAUAGAGACUGUGAGCAAGUCCGGCCGCGUCUCCCAGCUGCUGGCGGAGUUCAAGUUUAUAUUCCUUAACUUUAAGUACCUGCUCCCAUUCCUACUGAACCAGAGUGGCUCUUUGGUCUAUUAUUAUACCCUUUCCACCACAGAGCUGUCCCUUGUUGUUCCUGUGGCCAACUCGCUCACCUUUCUUUGCACUUUACUCACUGGGAAGUUACUGGGUGAGGAGAUCGGAGGCAAACAGGCUGUCGCAGGCAUGUUCCUUACAAUGGCUGGCAUCACUCUGUGUGUUAUAAGCACCACUGAUGAGAAACUCAUUGGGAAGCAAAAUGUGACCCAGCCUGUGCACUAACGGAGGUCAGGAGUAAAGUAAAUCUUCCAAUAAUUCAAGGCUGAGGGGCCAAUUCAUGGCAGACUCUUAAAAGGAACAAUGCUGUGUCUGUGGGAGAAUAGAUCCUAAAUGAACUGAGUCUUACACCCAGUUGAAGGUAGGUGGGUUCACAUUGAGUUCGCUAUAGAACUACACAAAAUUUAUGGGACCUGCAUGGAAAUUAGAGAUUGUUAACGCUCACGUUAGAACAUUGCGCUACUCCACCAUGUGACUGGCAUCUGCAUAAACGCUAAAGAGACCACCUACAAAUAAAGCUGACUGACCUGAAAUGGACCAGCUAUAUGUCAGCUCCUGAUUUAAUGGGGUAAAUUUAUUGCUGCUGUUUUCUGUGUUUGGACACAGGAGAACAAAUUGCUUCAAGGAGGAGAACAAAGCUGUUUAAUUAUUUAUUUGUUUUCUUCUUCUCCUGUUGCCUUGUGCACAUGAUGCACUACAGAGGUAGUUAAUGUACUGUGGAAUAUUUCUAAUUAAGGAAGAGUUAGAACUGAUUACUAUACUACACUGUGUUUACAAAUGCUGAAUAUCUAUCCUAGAUAUUCAGGUUUGUGUGUGUUAUUUUGGGUUGACUAUAGAUAUUCAAUAAUGACAGCUUGCCUAGUAAUCAUGCACACAGUGUAGCUGGCUAAAUAUUUUGUACAGUGUUUAUCAUCAACAAAUGUACAUAGAUAUAUAUAUAUUUGUACUGUCAUUGUGUUUAACUGACGCAUUUGAAACAUUGCUCAAAUAACUUUGUUUUUUUAUAAACUGUUUACAAAAGAAAAAUAUUAAUUUUCUUUCCUUCAUGACACAUUUUGUGCUCAAACAGUGGAAACGUACAGGUUUUUAAGUUUGUUUAGCUUUAAGUAGCUAAUGUUAGUACCACCAUGCUUAACGGUGGCAAACGAGGUAAGUCCUGUCAUUCCCAAUUUCCAUAAAGAUGCUGUAGUCGUGAUUUACAAACGGAUAUACACAUAGUGUCACGGUGCCUCAAAGAGCUGCUGGUCCUGAUUUGCUGUGUUGACUGGUCUGUAUUCGUGUUUUAGGACAGCGUCAGUUUGUUGUUGUCAUCGAGUGUCGUCCGUUGUCAUUAAAGCCGUCUGCUUCCUGUA